GCGGCGGCGGCGGCGGCGAGGCCGGGCGGCGCGGGGGGCUCGGGCCGGGGGUCCCGGGGCGCGAGCGCCGAGGCGGGGCUGGGUGGACUCAUGGACCUGAUACUUUUCUCCUGAGGAACAAACCAACUUGUUAGGAAAAAAAAAUGGCAUUCGUUGCAACACAAGGGGCCACGGUGGUUGACCAAACCACUCUGAUGAAAAAGUACCUUCAGUUUGUGGCAGCUCUCACAGAUGUCAAUACACCUGAUGAAACAAAGUUAAAAAUGAUGCAGGAAGUUAGUGAAAACUUCGAGAACGUAACGUCAUCUCCUCAGUAUUCUACAUUCCUGGAACACAUCAUCCCUCGAUUCCUUACAUUUCUUCAGGAUGGAGAAGUGCAGUUUCUUCAGGAGAAACCAGCCCAGCAACUGCGGAAACUAGUUCUUGAAAUAAUUCAUAGGAUACCAACCAAUGAACAUCUUCGUCCACACACAAAAAAUGUUUUAUCUGUGAUGUUUCGCUUUUUAGAGACGGAAAAUGAAGAAAAUGUUCUUAUUUGUCUACGAAUAAUCAUUGAGCUGCACAAGCAAUUCAGGCCGCCCAUCACGCAGGAAAUUCAUCAUUUUUUGGAUUUUGUGAAACAGAUUUAUAAGGAGCUUCCAAAAGUAGUGAACCGAUACUUUGAGAACCCUCAGGUGAUCCCCGAGAACACAGUCCCUCCCCCUGAAAUGGUCGGUAUGAUCACCACCAUCGCUGUGAAAGUCAGUCCUGAGCGCGAGGACAGCGAGACAAGAACACAUUCCAUCAUUCCAAGAGGAUCUCUGUCUCUCAAAGUGUUGGCUGAAUUGCCCAUUAUUGUCGUAUUAAUGUAUCAGCUCUACAAACUGAAUAUCCACAAUGUUGUCGCCGAGUUUGUGCCACUGAUCAUGAACACUAUUGCGAUUCAAGUGUCCGCGCAGGCCAGGCAACAUAAGCUUUACAACAAGGAGUUGUAUGCUGAUUUCAUUGCUGCUCAGAUCAAAACAUUGUCAUUUUUAGCUUAUAUCAUCAGAAUUUACCAGGAGCUGGUGACCAAGUACUCUCAGCAGAUGGUCAAGGGGAUGCUGCAGCUGCUGUCCAACUGCCCCGCCGAGACUGCGCACCUGCGGAAGGAGCUGCUCAUCGCCGCCAAGCACAUCCUCACCACCGAGCUGAGAAACCAGUUCAUUCCUUGCAUGGACAAGCUGUUUGACGAAUCCGUGCUGAUCGGCGCCGGCUACACCGCUCGGGAGACCCUCAGGCCCCUCGCCUACAGCACGCUGGCUGACCUCGUGCACCACGUCCGGCAGCACCUACCCCUUGGCGACCUCUCCCUCGCCGUCCAGCUCUUCGCCAAGAACAUCGAUGACGAGUCCCUGCCCAGCAGCAUCCAGACGAUGUCCUGCAAGCUGCUGCUCAACCUGGUGGACUGUAUCCGCUCCAAGAGUGAGCAGGAGAGUGGCAACGGCAGGGACGUCCUCAUGCGGAUGCUGGAGGUCUUUGUUCUGAAGUUCCACACGAUUGCGCGCUACCAGCUCGCUGCCAUUUUUAAGAAGUGCAAGCCUCAGUCGGAGCUGGGAGGCGUGGACGCUGCUCUGCCCGGUGUGCCCACUGCCCCCGCAGCUCCUGGCCCUGCCCCCUCUCCCGCCCCUGUGCCUGCCCCCGCACCGCCCCCGCCGCCGCCCCCGACCCCCGCCACCCCUGUGACUCCAGCCCCUGUGCCUCCCUUCGAGAAGCAAGGCGAAAAGGACAAGGAGGACAAGCAGACUUUCCAGGUCACAGACUGCCGCAGUCUGGUGAAGACCCUGGUCUGUGGCGUGAAGACCAUCACGUGGGGGAUCACGUCGUGCAAAGCACCUGGAGAAGCCCAGUUCAUUCCCAACAAGCAGUUACAACCCAAAGAGACUCAGAUAUACAUAAAACUUGUGAAGUACGCAAUGCAGGCUUUGGAUAUUUAUCAGGUCCAGAUAGCAGGAAAUGGACAGACAUACAUUCGCGUAGCAAACUGCCAGACUGUUAGAAUGAAGGAAGAGAAGGAAGUGUUGGAACACUUUGCUGGAGUGUUUACAAUGAUGAAUCCCUUAACAUUUAAGGAAAUCUUUCAAACGACAGUUCCUUACAUGGUGGAAAGAAUCUCCAAAAAUUACGCUCUUCAGAUUGUUGCCAACUCCUUCUUGGCCAACCCUACUACCUCUGCGCUGUUCGCUACGAUCCUGGUGGAGUACCUCCUGGACCGCCUGCCCGAGAUGGGCUCCAACGUGGAGCUCUCCAACCUGUACCUUAAGCUCUUCAAGCUGGUCUUUGGCUCAGUUUCCCUCUUCGCAGCUGAAAAUGAACAAAUGCUGAAGCCUCACCUGCACAAGAUUGUGAACAGCUCCAUGGAGCUCGCCCAGACCGCCAAAGAACCGUACAACUACUUCCUGCUGCUCCGAGCCCUGUUCCGCUCCAUUGGCGGGGGCAGCCAUGACCUCCUGUAUCAGGAGUUUCUGCCUCUCCUGCCCAACCUCCUGCAAGGGCUGAACAUGCUGCAGAGCGGCCUGCACAAGCAGCACAUGAAGGACCUCUUCGUGGAGCUCUGCCUGACGGUGCCCGUGCGCCUCAGCUCGCUCCUGCCCUACCUGCCCAUGCUGAUGGACCCCUUGGUGUCCGCCCUCAACGGCUCGCAGACGCUGGUCAGCCAAGGCCUGCGGACCCUGGAGCUGUGCGUGGACAACCUGCAGCCCGACUUCCUCUAUGACCACAUUCAGCCAGUGCGUGCGGAGCUCAUGCAGGCCCUGUGGCGCACAUUGCGGAACCCCGCUGACAGCAUCUCCCAUGUGGCCUACCGCGUCCUGGGCAAGUUUGGUGGCAGCAACCGGAAGAUGCUGAAGGAGUCCCAGAAGCUGCACUACGUCGUGACUGAAGUCCAAGGCCCGAGCAUCACCGUGGAGUUUUCUGACUGUAAAGCAUCUCUUCAGCUCCCAAUGGAGAAGGCCAUUGAGACUGCCCUGGACUGCCUGAAAAGUGCCAACACGGAGCCCUACUACCGGCGGCAGGCGUGGGAGGUGAUCAAGUGCUUCCUGGUGGCCAUGAUGAGCCUGGAGGACAAUAAGCACGCACUCUACCAGCUCCUGGCACACCCCAAUUUCACGGAAAAGACCAUCCCGAAUGUCAUCAUCUCCCACCGCUACAAAGCGCAGGACACUCCCGCCCGGAAGACGUUCGAGCAGGCGCUGACUGGGGCCUUCAUGUCUGCGGUCAUCAAGGACCUCCGGCCCAGUGCGCUGCCCUUCGUGGCCAGCCUGAUCCGUCACUACACCAUGGUGGCAGUGGCCCAGCAGUGUGGUCCUUUCCUGCUGCCGUGCUACCAGGUGGGCGGCCAGCCCAGCACCGCCAUGUUCCACAGUGAGGAGAACGGGUCCAAGGGGAUGGACCCCCUGGUCCUCAUCGACGCUAUCGCCAUCUGCAUGGCCUACGAGGAGAAGGAGCUGUGCAAGAUCGGGGAGGUGGCCCUGGCCGUGAUAUUCGAUGUCGCGAGCAUCAUCCUGGGCUCUAAGGAGAGGGCGUGCCAGCUGCCCCUCUUCUCCUACAUCGUGGAGCGCCUGUGCGCCUGCUGCUACGAGCAGGCCUGGUACGCUAAGCUGGGCGGCGUGGUGUCCAUCAAGUUCCUCAUGGAGCGGCUGCCGCUCACCUGGGUGCUGCAGAACCAGCAGACGUUCCUCAAGGCGCUGCUCUUCGUCAUGAUGGACCUGACAGGGGAGGUGUCCAAUGGGGCCGUGGCCAUGGCCAAGACCACGCUGGAGCAGCUCCUGAUGCGCUGUGCGACCCCCCUGAAGGACGAGGAGCGGGCCGAGGACAUCGUGGCGGCCCAGGAGAAGUCCUUCCACCAUGUGACGCACGACCUGGUGCGGGAGGUCACGUCCCCCAACUCCACGGUGAGGAAGCAGGCCAUGCACUCGCUGCAGGUGCUGGCCCAGGUCACCGGCAAGAGUGUGACGGUCAUCAUGGAGCCCCACAAGGAGGUGCUCCAGGACAUGGUCCCUCCUAAGAAGCACCUGCUGCGGCACCAGCCGGCCAACGCGCAGAUCGGCCUCAUGGAGGGCAACACCUUUUGCACCACGCUGCAGCCGCGCCUCUUCACCAUGGACCUCAACGUGGUGGAGCACAAGGUGUUCUACACAGAGCUGCUGAACCUGUGCGAGGCCGAGGACUCGGCGCUCACCAAGCUGCCGUGCUACAAGAGCCUGCCGUCGCUCGUGCCCCUACGCAUCGCUGCCCUGAAUGCACUUGCUGCCUGUAAUUACCUGCCUCAGUCCCGAGAGAAGAUCAUCGCCGCCCUCUUCAAGGCCCUGAACUCCACCAACAGUGAGCUCCAGGAGGCUGGAGAGGCCUGCAUGAGGAAGUUUCUAGAAGGCGCCACCAUCGAGGUGGACCAGAUCCACACGCACAUGCGGCCCCUGCUAAUGAUGCUGGGCGACUACCGCAGCCUGACCCUCAACGUGGUCAACCGCCUGACCUCCGUCACCAGGCUCUUCCCCAACUCCUUCAAUGACAAGUUCUGUGAUCAGAUGAUGCAACAUCUCCGCAAGUGGAUGGAAGUGGUGGUCCUCACGCACAAAGGGGGCCAGCGGAGCGACGGGAACGAGAGCAUGUCAGAGUGCGGGAGAUGUUCCUUGUCUCCAUUCUGUCAGUUUGAGCCUGCCGUGGAAGGGGUGGAGGAAAUGAAAAUCUGUUCGGCGAUUAUAAAUCUUUUUCAUCUGAUCCCGGCGGCGCCUCAGACUCUGGUCAAGCCUCUGUUAGAGGUCGUGAUGAAAACAGAACGGGCGAUGUUGAUUGAGGCAGGCAGCCCGUUCCGAGAGCCUCUGAUCAAGUUCCUGACGCGGCAUCCGUCCCAGACCGUGGAGCUGUUCAUGAUGGAAGCGACGCUGAACGACCCACAGUGGAGCCGGAUGUUCAUGAGUUUCCUAAAGCACAAAGACUCGAGGCCACUGCGGGACGUGCUGGCUGCCAACCCCAACAGGUUCAUCACGCUGCUGCUGCCGUGUGGCGCGCAGGCGGCUGUGCGGCCCGGCUCCCCCAGCACCAUGCGGCUGGACCUCCAGUUCCAGGCCAUCAAGAUCAUCAGCAUCAUCGUUAAGAACGACGACUCCUGGCUUGCCAACCAGCAUUCUCUGGUGAGCCAGUUGAGACGCGUGUGGGUAAGCGAGACCUUCCAGGAAAGGCACCGGAAGGAGAACAUGGCGGCCACAAACUGGAAGGAGCCCAAGCUGCUGGCCUACUGUCUGCUGAGUUACUGCAAGAGAAAUUACGGAGACAUAGAAUUACUGUUCCAGCUGCUCCGUGCCUUUACUGGCCGUUUUCUGUGCAACAUGACAUUCCUGAAGGAGUACAUGGAGGAGGAGAUUCCCAAGAACUACAGCAUUGCCCAGAAGCGUGCUUUGUUUUUUCGCUUUGUCGAAUUCCUUGACCCCAACUUUGGUGAUGAACUCAAGGCUAAGGUUCUGCAGCACAUCUUGAACCCUGCUUUUUUGUACAGUUUUGAGAAGGGGGAAGGAGAGCAGCUCUUGGGGCCCCCCAACCCGGAGGGGGAUAACCCCGAAAGCAUCACCAGCGUGUUCAUAACCAAGGUGCUGGACCCCGAGAAGCAAGCGGACAUGCUGGACUCGCUGCGCAUCUACCUGCUGCAGUACGCCACGCUGCUGGUGGAGCACGCGCCCCACCACAUCCACGACAACAACAAGAACCGCAACAGCAAGCUGCGCCGCCUCAUGACCUUUGCAUGGCCCUGCCUGCUCUCCAAGGCCUGCGUGGACCCUGCCUGCAAGUACAGCGGCCACCUGCUCCUGGCACACAUCAUCGCCAAGUUCGCCAUCCACAAGAAAAUCGUCCUGCAGGUGUUCCACAGCCUCCUCAAGGCCCACGCCAUGGAGGCGCGCGCCAUCGUGAGGCAGGCCAUGGCCAUCCUGACCCCGGCAGUGCCGGCCAGGAUGGAGGACGGGCACCAGAUGCUGACCCACUGGACACGCAAGAUCAUCGUGGAGGAGGGCCACACAGUGCCGCAGCUGGUGCACAUCCUGCAUCUCAUUGUGCAGCACUUCAAGGUGUACUACCCGGUCCGGCACCACUUGGUCCAGCACAUGGUCAGCGCCAUGCAGCGGCUGGGCUUCACGCCCAGCGUCACCAUCGAGCAGCGGAGACUGGCUGUGGACCUGUCCGAAGUGGUCAUCAAGUGGGAACUGCAGCGGAUCAAGGACCAGCAGCCGGACUCGGACGUGGACCCCAGCUCCAGCGGCGAGGGUGUGAGCUCUGUGUCCUCGUCCAUCAAGAGGGGCCUGUCGGUGGACUCGGCGCAGGAAGUGAAGCGCUUCCGGACAGCCACGGGCGCCAUCAGCGCGGUGUUCGGGCGGAGCCAGUCGCUGCCGGGAGCCGACUCGCUGCUUGCCAAGCCCAUCGAGAAGCAGCACACGGACACGGUGGUCAACUUCCUCAUCCGCGUGGCCUGCCAGGUGAAUGACAGCACGAGCACCGCGGGCUCUCCUGGGGAGCUGCUGUCCAGGCGCUGUGUGACGCUGCUGAAGACAGCCCUGAGGCCUGACAUGUGGUGCAAGUCAGAACUGAAGCUGCAGUGGUUUGACAAGCUGCUCAUGAGCGUGGAGCAGCCGAAUCAGGUCAACUACGGGAACAUCUGCACGGGGCUGGAGGUGCUGAGCUUCCUGCUGACGGUGCUGCAGUCGCCCGCCAUCCUCAGCAGCUUCAAGCCGCUGCAGCGCGGCAUUGCCGCCUGCAUGACAUGCGGGAACACCAAAGUCCUGCGGGCCGUGCACAGCCUCCUCUCGCGCCUCAUGAGCAUCUUCCCCACGGAGCCAAGUACGUCCAGCGUGGCCUCCAAGCACGAGGAGCUGGAGUGCCUGUAUGCGGCGGUUGGGAAGGUCAUCUACGAGGGCCUGACCAGCUACGAGAAGGCCACCAGCGCCAACCCCUCCCAGCUCUUCGGGACCCUCAUGAUCCUCAAGUCGGCCUGCAGCAACAACCCGAGCUACAUCGACAGGCUCAUCUCGGUCUUCAUGCGCUCCCUCCAGAAGAUGGUUCGGGAGCAUCUGAACCCACAAGCGGCCUCCGGGAGCACAGAAGCGACCUCAGGGACGAGCGAGCUGGUGAUGCUGAGCCUGGAGCUGGUGAAGACACGCCUGGCCGUGAUGAGCAUGGAGAUGAGGAAGAACUUCAUCCAGGCCAUCCUUACCUCCCUCAUUGAGAAGUCUCCGGAUGCCAAGAUCCUUCGCGCUGUGGUUAAAAUCGUGGAAGAAUGGGUGAAAAAUAACUCCCCGAUGGCAGCCAAUCAGACACCUACUCUCCGGGAGAAAUCCAUAUUGCUUGUGAAAAUGAUGACCUACAUAGAAAAACGCUUCCCUGAAGACCUUGAAUUAAAUGCCCAGUUUUUAGACCUUGUUAAUUAUGUCUACAGGGAUGAGACUCUGUCUGGCAGUGAGCUGACGGCCAAGCUCGAGCCCGCCUUCCUUUCCGGCCUGCGCUGUGCCCAGCCGCUCAUCAGGGCGAAGUUUUUCGAGGUUUUUGACAACUCCAUGAAGCGCCGGGUGUACGAGCGGCUGCUGUACCUGACCUGUUCGCAGAACUGGGAGGCCAUGGGGAACCACUUCUGGGUCAAGCAGUGCAUCGAGCUGCUCCUGGCCGUGUGUGAGAAGGGCACGCCCAUUGGGACCAGCUGCCAGGGAGCCAUGCUCCCCUCCAUCACCAACGUCAUCAACCUGGCCGACAGCCACGACCGCGCGGCCUUCGCCAUGGUCACACACGUGAAGCAGGAGCCACGGGAGCGUGAGAACAGCGAGUCCAAGGAGGAGGAUGUGGAGAUAGACAUCGAACUGGCCCCCGGGGAUCAGACCAGCACCCCCAAAACUAAAGAGCUUUCCGAGAAGGACAUCGGGAACCAGCUGCACAUGCUGACCAACAGACAUGACAAGUUUCUGGACACGCUCCGUGAGGUGAAGACGGGGGCCCUGCUCAGCGCCUUCGUCCAGCUGUGCCACAUCUCUACCACCCUGGCCGAGAAGACGUGGGUGCAGCUGUUCCCGCGGCUGUGGAAGAUCCUGUCGGACCGGCAGCAGCAUGCGCUGGCCGGGGAGAUCAGCCCGUUCCUGUGCAGCGGCAGCCACCAGGUGCAGCGGGACUGCCAGCCCAGCGCGCUCAACUGCUUCGUGGAGGCCAUGUCCCAGUGCGUCCCGCCCAUUCCCAUCCGGCCCUGUGUGCUCAAGUACCUGGGCAAGACGCACAACCUUUGGUUCCGCUCCACGCUCAUGCUGGAGCAUCAGGCCUUCGAGAAGGGCCUGAGCCUCCAAAUCAAGCCCAAGCAGACCACAGAGUUUUACGAGCAGGAGAGCAUCACGCCGCCUCAGCAGGAGAUCCUGGACUCGCUCGCGGAGCUCUACUCGCUGCUGCAGGAGGAGGACAUGUGGGCAGGCCUGUGGCAGAAACGCUGCAAGUACUCGGAGACGGCCAGCGCCAUCGCCUACGAGCAGCACGGCUUCUUUGAGCAGGCCCAGGAGUCCUACGAGAAAGCCAUGGAUAAAGCCAAGAAGGAGCACGAACGGAGCAGCGCGUCCCCCGCCAUCUUCCCGGAGUACCAGCUCUGGGAGGACCACUGGAUCCGGUGCUCUAAGGAGCUGAACCAGUGGGAAGCCUUGACUGAGUACGGCCAGUCCAAGGGCCACAUCAAUCCGUAUCUGGUGCUGGAGUGUGCCUGGCGGGUGUCCAACUGGACGGCCAUGAAGGAGGCACUGGUGCAGGUGGAGGUCAGCUGCCCCAAGGAGAUGGCGUGGAAGGUGAACAUGUACCGCGGCUACCUGGCCAUCUGCCACCCCGAGGAGCAGCAGCUCAGCUUCAUCGAGCGCCUGGUGGAGAUGGCCAGCAGCCUAGCCAUCCGCGAGUGGCGGCGGCUGCCCCACGUGGUGUCCCACGUGCACACGCCCCUGCUGCAGGCUGCCCAGCAGAUCAUCGAGCUCCAGGAGGCGGCCCAGAUCAACGCGGGCCUGCAGCCCGCCAACCUGGGCCGCAGCAACAGCCUGCACGACAUGAAGACGGUGGUGAAGACAUGGCGGAACCGGCUGCCCAUCGUGUCCGACGACUUGUCGCACUGGAGCAGCGUCUUCAUGUGGCGGCAGCACCAUUACCAGGCGAUUGUCACGGCUUACGAGAACAGUUCCCAGCACGACCCGAGCUCGAAUAACGCCAUGCUCGGGGUUCACGCCUCGGCCUCAGCCAUCAUCCAGUACGGGAAAAUCGCCCGGAAACAAGGGCUGGUCAACGUAGCUUUGGAUAUACUGAGUCGCAUCCACACGAUUCCCACCGUGCCCAUCGUGGACUGCUUCCAGAAGAUUCGCCAGCAAGUGAAGUGCUACCUGCAGCUGGCCGGAGUCAUGGGGAAGAAUGAGUGCAUGCAGGGCCUUGAGGUUAUUGAGUCUACGAACUUAAAGUACUUUACAAAAGAGAUGACAGCUGAGUUCUAUGCUCUGAAGGGGAUGUUCUUGGCACAGAUCAACAAGUCGGAAGAGGCCAACAAAGCCUUCUCUGCGGCUGUCCAAAUGCACGACGUGCUGGUGAAGGCCUGGGCCAUGUGGGGCGACUACCUGGAGAACAUCUUUGUGAAGGAGCGGCAGCUGCACCUGGGGGUGUCCGCCAUCACCUGCUACCUGCACGCGUGCCGGCACCAGAACGAGAGCAAGUCCAGGAAGUACCUGGCCAAGGUGCUGUGGCUUUUGAGUUUCGAUGAUGACAAAAACACUCUGGCAGAUGCUGUGGACAAGUACUGCAUCGGCGUACCCCCCAUCCAGUGGCUGUCCUGGAUCCCGCAGCUGCUCACCUGCCUGGUGGGCUCCGAGGGGAAACUGCUCCUGAACCUCAUCAGCCAGGUUGGACGCGUAUACCCCCAGGCUGUCUACUUCCCCAUCCGGACGCUCUACCUGACUCUGAAGAUAGAGCAGCGGGAGCGCUACAAGAGCGAUUCUGGACAGCAGCAGCCCAGCUCAGUGGGUAACCAGUCCCAUUCUGCAUCAGAUCCAGGGCCCAUAAGAGCGACGGCGCCCAUGUGGCGCUGCAGCCGCAUCAUGCACAUGCAGCGGGAGCUCCACCCCACCCUGCUGUCUUCCCUGGAAGGCAUCGUCGACCAGAUGGUCUGGUUCCGGGAGAACUGGCACGAAGAGGUGCUCCGGCAGCUGCAGCAGGGCCUGGCCAAGUGCUACUCGGUGGCGUUCGAGAAGAGCGGCGCCGUGUCGGAUGCCAAGAUCACGCCCCACACGCUCAACUUCGUCAAGAAGCUAGUGAGCACGUUCGGGGUAGGCCUGGAGAACGUCUCCAACGUGUCCACCAUGUUCUCCAGCGCUGCCUCCGAGUCUCUGGCCCGGCGGGCGCAGGCCACUGCACAGGACCCCGUCUUCCAGAAGCUGAAGGGCCAGUUCACCAGCGAUUUUGACUUCAGUGUCCCAGGGUCGAUGAAACUUCACAAUCUCAUUUCGAAGUUGAAAAAGUGGAUCAAAAUCUUGGAAGCUAAAACGAAGCAACUUCCAAAAUUCUUCCUCAUAGAAGAAAAGUGCCGUUUUCUGAGCAAUUUCUCCGCACAGACAGCUGAGGUCGAGAUUCCCGGGGAGUUUCUGAUGCCGAAGCCCACACACUACUACAUCAAGAUCGCUCGGUUCAUGCCCCGGGUGGAGAUUGUGCAGAAGCAUAACACCGCAGCCCGGAGGCUGUACAUCCGCGGCCACAAUGGCAAGAUCUACCCCUACCUGGUGAUGAACGACGCCUGCCUGACCGAGUCACGCCGGGAGGAGCGCGUGCUGCAGCUGCUGCGGCUGCUCAACCCCUGCCUGGAGAAGCGGAAGGAGACCACCAAGAGGCACCUGUUCUUCACGGUUCCCCGCGUGGUGGCAGUGUCCCCGCAGAUGCGCCUCGUGGAAGACAACCCCUCCUCCCUGUCCCUUGUGGAGAUCUACAAGCAGCGCUGCGCCAAGAAGGGCAUCGAGCACGACAACCCCAUCUCACGCUACUACGACCGGCUGGCCACGGUGCAGGCGCGCGGGACCCAGGCCAGCCACCAGGUGCUCCGCGACAUCCUCAAGGAGGUGCAGAGCAACAUGGUCCCGCGGAGCAUGCUGAAGGAGUGGGCGCUGCACGCGCUGCCCAACGCCACCGACUACUGGGCCUUCCGCAAGGUGCUCACCAUCCAGUUGGCGCUCAUCGGCUUUGCCGAGUUCGUCCUGCACUUGAACAGGCUCAACCCUGAGAUGCUCCAGAUUGCGCAGGACACUGGCAAACUCAAUGUCGCCUACUUCCGGUUUGACAUAAACGACGCGACCGGGGACUUGGAUGCCAACCGCCCCGUUCCUUUCCGCCUCACACCCAACAUCUCCGAGUUCCUGACCACCAUCGGGGUCUCCGGCCCGCUCACCGCCUCCAUGAUCGCCGUCGCCCGCUGCUUUGCACAGCCGAACUUCAAGGUGGACGGCAUCCUGAAGACGGUGCUGCGUGAUGAGAUCAUUGCCUGGCACAAGAAGACCCAGGAGGACACGUCAUCCCCGCUGUCGGCUGCUGGGCAGCCCGAGAACAUGGAUAGCCAGCAGCUUGUGACCCUGGUGCAGAAGGCGGUCACCGCCAUCAUGACCCGCCUGCACAACCUCGCCCAGUUCGAGGGCGGCGAGAGCAAAGUGAGCACCCUGGUGGCCGCUGCCAACAGCCUGGACAACCUGUGCCGCAUGGACCCCGCCUGGCACCCCUGGCUGUGACCCCCUGGGCUCCACCCAGCCGGCCGGGCCGGUUCCUCUCAGCAUCCUGCAGUCAAGUUCCUGCUGGUUCCGGUCAGGAGAGGGGUGUGACAGUGGCCGGAACUGUCCACGCUGAGCCGUCGGACCUGCCCUCUCCCACACUGCCCCCUCCCUGAUGCCACAGGUCUGCUCCCCCAGGGUCCAGCCUAGGGCCCCGCCAGCAACCGUCUCUCACAGACUUCUCCUAUCAGUGGAACUGAGAAAGAAUCACUUUUUUCUUCCUAAUUUAAAAAGAAACAACAGCUACGAACAUUUGUUCGUUAACUCUGGGCUGUUCACAUUUUUAUAAAUAGGUGCGUUGAGAAUGUUCUAUCUAAAUUUGUACAGUGUGAUUUUUUAGAAUAAAUAUUUUAUAACAGGA